AUGAGGGAUCCUAAGGAGCAGGAGCUCAACACCUCCACCUGGCUAGCGCUGCUGGUCAUAACGCGUUGAACCCAAUGAAGCAUGUCUCUGGACGAUGUCCUCCUCCAGGCGGAGAUGCAGGUGGUGCAGCGGCUGGCCCUGUUGGUGCCCUGUGACAGCCUGGAGCUCCAGAACACCACCCUGCGGCUGCUGCUAAACCUCUCCUUCGACACGGGCCUCCGCAGCCAGAUGGUGCAGGCCGGCCUCAUCCCCAAGCUCUCCUCCCUGCUAGCUGACGAGGGCCAGAGACAGCUGAGCAUGUUCAUUCUGUACCACAUCAGCGUGGACGACAGAUUCAAGUCCAUGUUUGCCUACACGGACUGCAUACCCCAGAUAAUGAAGAUGGUGUUUGAGUGCGGUGAGGACCGGAUGGACACUGAACUCAUCUCCUUCUGCAUCAAUCUCGCCGCCAACAAAAGGAACGCACAGGUCAUCUGUGAAGGGAAUGGACUGAAGAUGUUGAUGAAGAGGGCUUUGAAGCUGAAGGACACUCUCAUGAUGAAGAUGAUCAGGAAUUUGUCUCAACACGACGGGCCCACCAAGAGCCUCUUUAUAGACUACGUUGGUGACCUGGCCGCCCAGAUCAGCGAGGAGGAGGCAGAGGAGUUUGUGAUCGAGUGCCUGGGCACCUUGGCCAACCUCACGGUCGCUGAUCUGGACUGGGAGCUGGUCCUGAAGGAGUACCACCUGGUGCCCUACCUGAAGGACAGACUCAAGCCAGGCUCGGCCGAGGACGACCUCAUCCUGGAGGUGGUGAUCAUGAUCGGCACCAUCGCCAUGGACGACGCCGGCGCCGCCAUGUUGGCUGAGGCGGGCGUCAUCCCCGACCUCAUCCAGCUGCUCAACGCUCAGCAGGAGGACGAUGAGUUUGUGUGCCAGAUCGUCUUCGUCUUCUACCAGAUGGUCUUCCACCAGGUCACCCGGGACAUCAUCAUCAGAGACACGCAGGCCCCUGCCUACCUCGUCGACCUGAUGCACGACAAGAACGCAGAGAUCCGCAAGGUGUGCGACAACACCCUGGACAUCGUGGCCGAGUGUGACGAGGCGUGGGGCAGAAGGAUCCAGAGUGAGAAGUUCCGCUGGCACAACUCCCAGUGGCUGGAGAUGGUGGAGAGCCAGCAGCUGGACUCGGCCGGGGAGCCCUACGUGUUCGGGGACCACCCCGGCGACGGGGACCCCUUCCUGGACAGCGAAGACAUGAUCCUGGAGAGACCCGACCUCUUCUACGGCGCAGACGGGGCCAUCAGUCCAGAGUUCUUCAUCGACCUCCAGAACGGAGACAUGGGCCAGACGCCGGGCUUCAUGGGCAGUCUAGCGGAGCAGUGUGUGGCUGCUGCCCCCGGGGGGCGACCCGCCACCGCCUACGGCUUCCGGUCCGACGAGCAGUUCCUCUACAACUACCUCGCUACCGCCUCCCGCUAGCUGGAGUUACCGGUUACACACACACACACACACACACACACCACUACAGCCAUCGCUAUUGGUUAAAUACAUAUAAACAUGCACACACAUAUUUCUGUGAAGAUAUUUGUAUGUUAAUGCAUGAGUAAUAUAAACCUUUGACAUAAAAUAUAUACAAAUGGUUAUUGAAAUAAUUAAAUUAUAUAAUUCUAAGCCAGUAAACUCACGUAAUAGCAUUAUGUAUUCAAUAGGCAUAGUUAUUCAAAUGGUGUAAAAUGUGUUAAGAAACCGUGUGAUGUAAAUAAGAAGGUAUUUAAUGUGUGCCUGUAUCCCGCGGGCCGAGGUGCGUCCGGUGGGCCGGGUGAUCCGGGUAGAUCCGG